AUGGAGGAAGACAACGCCAAAGGUGGUGCAGCUGAUGAGGCAGAUGCGGAAGAGAAGGAAGCUGGGGUUGCUGAGCAAAUGGUGUCGGUUGAGCAAAAUGAUGCUGUUGUCAACGCAGUUGAUCAGGAGGUAGCUGAGAAUGUGAUCGGCUAA